AUGAAGUACUAUGCUACAAUCUUGGGAACUCACACUCACGAUGUCCAUCCCUCUGUCAUCCUGCAUUUGGACUCGGGAAGGUACCUAUUCAAUUGUGGAGAAGGCACUCAGAGGAUCGCUGUCGAAACGAGCAUGAAACUCUCGCGAAUCAGAAAUGUAUUGUUGACGCGCACAUCCUGGGACUGUAUUGGAGGCUUGCCUGGAAUGUUACUCACUUUAGCUGAUCAGGAUGUUACCGGCAUUAAUAUACAUGGACCCCCUAUGCUCAGACAAUUCAUGAAGGGAAUACAGUACUUUACAUACAGGCCUAAUUUGAGAAUCACGCUGGACGAAACUCGUGACGCUCAAGAGACUGUGAAAGACGAGAAUGUAACCAUAGUCUCCGUGCUGAUACGACCAACGUUGAAAGACGCUGCUGCUAGUUGGAAUGGUGACACGCCAAUGGAGCCUGCAGAUCAAGAUGAAGAGAGCCGGCAAAAGAGACAUGCUGGUGUUAUCUCAACAUGCUAUGUCUGUACUGGACCUGUUCAACCGGGCAAAUUCAAUCCAGCUGCUGCGCAAAAGCUGGGAAUAAAGCCUGGUCCCAAGUUUGGUAUGGAACCUGCUGCCUUUGUUUUCUUUUUGCGCCGCGGGAGAAUAUUCAUGUAUCCUGGUCUAGGCCUCCUUACAAAGGGCGAGUCAGUUGAAGCCAAUGAUGGUACUUUGAUACAUCCGCAUCAAUGUGUAGGACCAGAGACACCAGGAGCAGUCUUCUUUAUUCUGGAUUGCCCAAGUGAACUGUAUAUAUCCUCCUUAAUCAAUGCGCCAUACCUUCAACAAUUCAAAAAUGUCAAGACCUCACCAGUCACUUGUAUCAUACACAUUCUUGGAGAUGGCGUCCUGGAGAAUGUACAGUAUAGAGAAUGGAUCAGGUCAUUUGGAAACCAAACACAACACAUCAUCAUGAGUGAGAAACAUAAUCCUCAGACUGUAAUCUUCAGAGCCGUUGGUCGCAUUCAACAGCAGCUGAAUUAUAUUGACAAGGAGAUCUUUCCAGUCCAGUAUACUAACGAUGCUUCGAUUGUUGACCUGCAAAAAGAUCUCAAACUACCCAAGAACUCAUGCUUGGCUAAACCUCUAUUGACCAUCCAGUUUGCACCUACCUUCAAAUUAGACGAAUCAGCAUGUCGUGGUCCACUUGAUAUUGAACCCCCUGCAGUAACUCUGCAACCGCAUCUUGCAAAGGUUUAUCGAGAUCGAAAUGCUCUUGUUGAUUCAUUGCCGCAUGAGAAUGAAGAUGAUGCAGUACAGAUCAUACCUCUUGGUACUGGUUCUGCUCUUCCAAGUAAAUACAGAAACGUCAGCUCCACUUUUGUUCAGUUACCAACUGGAAAUAUCUUCCUUGAUGGUGGGGAGGGCACUUAUGGUCAAUUGUUUCGAGCAUUUGGUCAACAGACUGCAGACGUCAUGAGAAACCUCAAGAUCAUCUUCAUAUCUCAUAUGCACGCAGACCAUCAUCUUGGUGUGUUUAUGUUGAUUGCCCGAUGGAAUGAAUAUACCAAAAAGGAACCAUCACGUAAAUUAUACUUGGUGGGACCUGUAGCGUUUGAGUCGUGGAUGUCAUCCUAUUCGCAAUGUGAAGAUAUUGGCUGGGAUCGUAUUGUGUUUAUCCGUUCUGAUGCACUUGCAUGGGAUAGACAUACGCCAGAGAGGUUUCGUGCAAGCGUACAACAGAUGCAAGCAUCAGUCAACCUGACUAGUUUCCAAACUGUCAAGGUAGACCAUUGUCCGGAUGCGUAUGCUGUCGUGUUUACUGAAGGAGAGGAGAACAAGAUCGUCUUCUCCGGAGACUGCCGACCCUGUGAUGAUCUAGUCACAGUUGGUCAAGGUGCUGCGAUCUUGAUACAUGAAGCAACACUAGAGAACGAUAUGUAUUUGGAUGCUCUGGAUAAGAAACAUUCAACUACUGGAGAAGCUUUAGAUGUUGCCAAAAGAAUGCUAGCAUCACGAGUCCUCUUAACGCAUUUCUCACAACGCUAUCCCAAACUCCCAGUCCUGACUCCAGCGGUUACAAAAAAAGCACCACGAACAUCACCAAGCCCUGACCGAUCACGAUCAACCAGUCCAUCAGCACCCGGUAAAGCCAAACGACAAAGGUCUCGCUCAAAUUCAUCAGAUGGUGAUGUGGUUCCUCCGAUUGUGGGAAUUGCGUUUGAUUUGAUGAGAGUUACUAAACGUAAUUUUGCAUUGUUGCCGUCGCUGACACCUGCGUUGGCAUCGCUGUUUUUGGAGGAGGAUGGCGUGGAGAAUGAUAGGGAUUCUAUCGUGAGUAAGAAGUGA